AUGACAGAAGGCUUGCAAUUCAGAUUGGACAAAAGUUGCUUGGACUUCUCCCUCCGUAAGCGGCUAUGUCCACUCGGACCAACAGUUGUCAUCCGUGAUGCAUUUACCAUAAGACAGACGGCUAAGCCAUCACCGGGAGGGAUGCCAAAUCGGCAGCAUACUAGCGAUGAGCGCCUGUGCAACGCUAAAUUGAAAACUGAAAUAGGUGCUGAAAUUGUUAGUAAAUAUUGGGUAAGAGUUCUAGCCACCCCAGGUGAAUCAGGUGUUCUUUUGGCGUUCGAGGAUGAUGUCCAAAAGCAGGGCACUGCGACUUGGGCAAAUUUAGACUACAAGUCAAGAAAUAUUUUAAUCCUUGAUUUAAGCAGAUCCGUGUUGUCUGGACAUGUCUACCUCAGCCACAGACGAGAUCCAUCAACUUAG